GGGGAGCGCUAGUGAGAAGCUUGGCAGAGGAGCGCUAUAGGGAAUAGGAGAGGGAUAGGGAGAGAUUGGCAGGAGCGCUGCUUAUUUAGAACGUCGAGAGCCUGGGUCGGUGACAACACAACAAGGUGUAUGAGCGUGGGCAGCGGAACUUAAACUCUCAUUGAAAUCUCAGUGCAAGUUGUGUAAGAGUUUGUGCCACAGAAUUGCCAGUAUUCAUAUACCCGGGGACAGAAGAAUAAUAGUAUUGCGGGUGUGUCGGGCGAUAGAGUAGGUGCCCCGGGGAGAGAGCAGCAUUAAGCCGGGCAUGCGGGGACUAGCACAGGACCCAUAGACUUCCCGGCCAUUACUGAUACCUAAGCGCAGAUCGUGUCACUGUUAUGACGGCAAAUUGAAGGCAUUAUAGGGAUUAGUUAGGACCGUCUCCCAAUCAGUGUCAGCUAAUAGAGAAACGCAGGGGAGCAGAUUAGCUCCAGUCCCAUUCUGUGCCACAUGGAUCCUGCCAAGCCUCGGGCACUGCUAGAGAAGAGAGCGCCCAACUGCAACGGCUUCCUGCGGGAGGACAAGAAGGAGGCGGCGGCUGCAGCGGGCGCGGGUAGCCGGGGGGAUGUGGGCGGCAGAGCAGGCAGGAGCACCCCACCUGUAGAUACCUGGAGAGAGGAGCGGGCCCGCAGCGAGGAGGACAACGAGCUCAAUCUGCCCUCACUGGCCACGGCUUAUGGCACCAUCCUCCGGGCACUGGGAGAGGAUCCUGGCAGGCAGGGCUUGCUCAAAACGCCAUGGAGAGCGGCCACCGCCAUGCAGUACUUCACUAAGGGAUACCAGGAGACCAUAUCAGAUGUACUGAAUGACGCCAUAUUUGAUGAAGACCACGACGAAAUGGUGAUAGUUAAAGACAUUGACAUGUUUUCCAUGUGCGAACAUCAUUUAGUCCCAUUCAUUGGAAAGGUGCACAUAGGCUAUCUUCCAAACAAGCAGGUGCUUGGCCUAAGCAAGCUUGCCAGGAUUGUGGAAAUAUACAGCAGAAGAUUACAAGUUCAAGAACGCCUUACAAAACAAAUCGCCAUAGCAAUUACAGAAGCCUUACAUCCCUCUGGGGUUGGAGUUGUUGUUGAAGCAACGCACAUGUGCAUGGUGAUGAGAGGUGUCCAGAAAAUGAACAGUAAAACUGUAACAAGUACCAUGCUAGGGGUCUUUCGGGAAGACCCAAAGACUCGGGAAGAGUUCUUAACACUCAUCAAAAGUUGAUUCCCAUACCAAAGGCCUGGACCUGCUCAAAACAUUGUAUUGUACACUGGAACUGUCAAAUUUUAUUUACACCUGGCUGCAUUGUUUGUCCUGUCUGUGUUUAAAGAAAAUAUGGUGGCUAGGCACUAAGGCAUAAGGAGUAUCUUCAGUAGACAAACUAUCUUAUCUUGACAAGCAUUUUCAGUUUUAAUUCCUGAAAUGUUUCAGAUGAAACGGCUUUUAGAACAGCUGCUAGCUGGAGAAACGACUCACUCCUUUGUGCAAAACCCCAGAGGUGUGUUCAUGUAGGUUUAGUAUAUAUGUGUAAUGUUUUGAGUGAUAAGCAUCUGUGUACAUUCCUGUGAUUAAUUAUCAGGCCAUAAAGGAAGAUUAUAUGGAAAUCCAAUGUCUACUUUAAGCAUAAACCAAGGUUAUAAGAAGCACAGGUCCCCUGGCCUCUAUUCUAGUUUGGCUGCCAUAUUGUGCUUAUUUUAAGAAUACCUGUUCUAAGUACAGGCUCUGGGCACUUUAAUACUACUUUUAAUUGGCGACACCUGAGUCAGUGGCGUAACUAAUUGGCGUCAGUUCCCCCCCCCAUGAAAAAAAUCACCCGCAGGCAGUAGAGUAGCUGGGGAGGGGAGAUUUACAACUGUAGAGGAAGCAGACCCAUGGUCCUGGUGCCCCUCCACCGCAACUGUGGGGUUUGCUUCCUCCAUAGUUAUGCCACUGACUAGACUGUGUCCCUUUGCAAUGCCAUACCCACUGUGAGCUUUUUUGUAUAAAGGUUAUGUCACUACAGGAGGACUGUGGCCAGACAGCCUGUGAACAAUGCAGUUAGUAUCAAUGUUAGGCCUAUGGCCCAUGAGGCCUUUUGACGGACCCUUGUUAGACAAUGAAAUUGCCCCUAUCUGCCUCUUAUCUCUUCCAAUAAUGGCAUAUAUAAACCCUGCUUCCUAAGGCAGAUGUAGUCCUAACAGUUGGACCACUGCUCAGAUAUGUAGAGAGCAGUCAAAAAGUUUAAAAAAAAAAAAAAAAUGUAAUUGUAGGGUGUUUUGGGAAUUUUAAUUCAGAGCAGAUGGAAAGUUGAGGCCCUAACAUACAGUACGUGUUGCUUUCUGUAAAGGAUAGAAUGACCAGCCACAUAUUUUUCUGUGUAUAAAGUCUUGUCGACACACACAGCAGUGCUUACCUCUUGUCACUUAUCUAAGGUUAGUUAAAUGAAGUGGUUGUGUAUUUGUUUUGUGGUUCCUCCCCAGUUCUAAAACAAAGUAUUUCAAACUGUUGUGACAUUUCUUGUUCUCUGUUUAGAAGACGGGUCUGGUCAUAUUUUAUGUAUUUUCAGCCACACGGGGAUUUUUACAUAGAUUCAGCAUUUGCAGCAUUCUUUGAUUUCUGUAUGAUAAUAAUAAUUCCAGAAUCCUGCUCUAGAAUGGUAUUCUAAAGGUCAAAGCGCUUAGCUACGAAUCUAUUGCAUUUUGACGAGCCUCGAUUAGGAAGAAUUGUCAGUGUGCAAUAUAGUUUGUGAACUUUUAUGGGCCUCGUAUUGCAGACUAUUCUGCCAGUGGAGAUACUGAAGUAGCUACAUUUUCCAUAUUAUUAUUUUUAUAUCUUAUAUUUUCUUUCAAGUAAGCCAGGUAUAGUAGCUGUCUGGCAAUAUACCAGCAUAAUAUUUAUUUCAGUACUAGUACCCCCAUGUAUUAUGGCUAAAGCAGGAAAUUAAACGGAUCCCUAAUUAUGAUGAAGUUGGCAAAUUUGCUGAACUAAUUACUGUACAAAACCACAAGAUUCCAAGAGCUCUUUCAUGUGAAAGCUGGAGUUAAACAGUUACAUGAUUAAGCAAACACAUUUUCUACAUAUAUAUUAGACAAUAUUUAUUUAAGAUGGCCAGACCACCACCCAAAUGGCCAACGUAAUCACUCUGUGUAUGGGUGCCUUAACAUGCUACUUGGCCACUUUUUUAGGAUUAUGUCUCGUAGCAUGCUACAUUAUUAUGCCUACCAAGAAAGGUUUAGUUGACAGUGUAAUGUCUUUGAAUGAAUGGCAAUAUUAGAUAUAUAGAUCAUUGUUAAAAUUCACACUUAAAAAUAAAACUGAAAUGUGUGUGUGCACACGAUCUGUGUUCCUGUGGAGCUUUAAAUGCCAUUAUUGCUCUUUCAAAUGAUAAUUGCUCUUUCAGUAGCUCUCACAGUACAAACACUGACUAUAAAGGUCAGACGAGAGCUCCCAAUAGGACGGCAUAAGAUUAUACAAUAUUUUAGUUUCAUUUCCCUGUAAUGCUGUUCCCCAACCAAAAUCUGUUCACCUACCGAGAACAGCUUAGUAAUAGGAUUACCUGUCACUGCACUGCUUCUUAUUAGCUUUGCUUUCAAGAGAAGUAUGCUCAGUUUCCAGGACACAUUCCUCAAUAUACAUUAUAUGGGGUAGAAGCUGCAGAUGCAAGUACUGGAGGUAUUAUUCAGCACUUCAGCACCUGGACCAUCUCUUCUCCUGGCCCUGCUUCCCCUAUUUUUAAGCCACUACUCUAUUUAUAAGUGGAAAUUCAGUUCAGGAUUCAGUUUAGGAUUCGACUGUUCAGGAUUUUGAUGAAAAUAAUUAACUACAAUUGAGACUGGGAAAUGCUAAAAUAUUUGCAGUACUUUGAAUUUCAGCACAUUUACUAAACACUUCCCUGACUUAAUGAAUGAACACAAUAACAUUAAUAACGCAGAUACAAGUGUAAAUUCAUCAGAUUGUGUCUGACUGCUAAGGGCCCAGCUGUGGCAAAUCCAAUUGCAAGGGAUUAGGGAUUUGGAUAAAUCGACGCCGUGCUGAAAGGAAUUGUUCCAGAGAGGAAAACAAAUUGUUGAACCUAUAAUGCUCAAUAUGUUUUUACUAAAUGGUAAUCCUCAUUACUGAUCUGCAAACACGGUCAAGCAUUAAUGAAUUGCAACUAAGUGUAUCUCUGAUGUGAACCUGUUUGCAGUCCUAUGUGCAGUCCAAUCAGCUACUGACUUUGUCUUGAGGGGCUAAGUCAACAGGUAAAAUGGAUUGUGCAUGGUAAGCUUUUCUAAAUUAAACAGGGCAUUUUAACCAUCGCUCUGGCAGGGAACAUCAUUGGUCAAACCCUCCGUCUAUAAAUUAAAUACUUGGGAAGUCAUUUGUGCUUGUUAAUAAGCUGUAAUUAAAGAGGCAGAGCGGAUUCAGUCUCUGUCGGCAGAGUAGCUUAUAUAUAGUACAAACCACCAAAUAAGUUAUUGUAUCAUGAAACAGGCAGGAAGCCAUAAAAGGUGACGACAGAGGUACUGCAGCAGCUGGAUGAGAGAGCUGUGCCAUUUAGCAUUGCUCAGACAAGUGCUUGGAAAUGUAUUAAUCCAUUAUUUUGAAAUACAUAUCUAUAUAUUGCCAUAUGUAUAUUUUAUUCCUGUUCAAUAAUCUUUACUUGAUUUCUGCCCAUGUAAGGCAGGCUAUUUACAUAUAGAAAUAUAUCUUAUUUAUUUUUCUUCUAAUCAGAAUUUUAGAAUAUAGAAAUUUUGAGCAGUUCACAGUCAUGUAAAGCCUGUGCAGGCAUUAAAGGGUAAAUGGAACUCUUGUUGAUUUUGUGUACUGUAAGAUUCCAUUUAGAGAUGAUUUGAUUUUACUGGAAUCUCCAUAGUAAAGCAUCCAUAUGACUUAUGAAGGAAUAAAUAAAGUACAGUGAACACCGCUAUUGUUCAUUAUUGUGUCGGCAUCUGAAGGGAAAACUAAGUAAGGAACAUACUGCAAAACCAGUGCUAAUAUAUGUUAGAUAAUGUAUUGCAGAGCACUUAUGUAUGUUUUUAACAAUGCCAUAGUCAUAUUGCCCAGUCUUUGCAACUGUUCUUUUUAAUUGGAUAUAUAUAUAUUUAUAUAUGUCAUGAAUAAAAUAUAUACUGUAUCUAUAA